CAACUGGUUCGACCUCUCUAGGAAUUAGGGAAGACAUCAAAUGCCACGUUCGCGCUGGGCCUGGCAGUAUACGGAUACGCACGGGAUGAAGUCCGACUCACGAUGGCCAGCAACCUCAACGUGUUCAAGGAGAGAGCACCGCAGGAUUGGACGACACUAUCGAGAUGACUCACUUGCAGCGUCUUUUGAUCUCUGAGGACGUCAAUAACUCAUUGAAGAUGCGGUGUAAGUGUAGGAGUAAAAUAGCUGACUGGACCCGGCGCCUCCUUCGAGUUUCUAUACAGGACAUCGCGAUACUUGAAACCAUUCUCGUCUACUCCCACGCCAUCGACUGCUGUGCAAACUGAACCAUGCUCGAGCCGAGCAAUCUCCAUGAACGACGCCACUGUUCAGGCUUCAGCGCUUCAGCACCAGCUCUGCUCACGCCAGAUGACAUACACCAACAGCAUCGACAGCCACGCUUUUGGCACACUCAACGCGAUUACGCUCGAAAACCUGGGGCCUAUUGUACCGCUCAGACUCUCCGUGAACCGCUGGGUAGCGUCAAGCAUUGGAUCAGCUGCUCCCAUGGGUUGGGCUGUUGACAUGGACUCGCCCGAGGUGGUGGAUCGUAAGGUCAGGGCGCUGCUGAACAAGCUCACGAUGAAGAACUUCGAUUCGAUCUCAGACCAGAUAAUUGCAUGGGCGAACAAGAGCGAGAAGGAGGAGGAUGCUCAAACACUCGUACAGGUCAUUCGUCUCGUGUUCGAAAGGGCGACAGUCGAGGCGGCAUGGAACGGCAUGCACGCACGCCUCUGCCGCAAGAUGAUGGAGCAGAUCAGCGAAGAUGUGCAGGACUACGGGAUCAAGAACGCGGAGGGAAAGCCGAUUGCUGGUGGCCAGCUGUUCCGCAAACACCUCCUCAACCGAUGCCAAGAAGAAUUUGAACGCGGUUGGCCAAUGUGCAAGGCAACCGCCGUCGCAGCGCGCUCCAAUAGUACAAUACACGACGAGAAGGUCAAAGUCGCUAACGAAAAGAUAGGCGUGACAAGGGAGUCGGAGCUGUACUGGGAUGAAUUGUACGCUAUUCAGAAGGCGGGGCGACGGGGUCUCGGUCUCAUCAAGUUCAUCAGCGAGCUCUUCAAGCUACAUAUGCUGACGGAGCGGAUUAUGCACGAGUGCGUGAAGAAGCUGCUCGGCAACGUGGAGAUCCCCAAGGAGGAUGAGAUCGAGGGCUUGUGCCAACUGCUCACGACGGCCGGUCAGAUGUUGGAUACGCCCAAGGCGAAGGCGCACAUGGGUGUGUAUUUCCAGCGCAUGAAGGAGCUUGCGAGGAACGGGAAAGUGAGCUUGCGCGUGCAGUUCGUGCUCAUGGAUGUCAUCGAGUUGCGCGAACGCAAGUGGACUAGUCGCAAAGCUGUCGCUCGCGGGUUCGACCACGACACUGGACAUCCUGGGGGCUGCUUAGCUGCUGGCAAGGGUAGCCUUGCUCGUCCACCUCCCAAGGUUGGCGACCUAUCGCAGUUCGGCAAGAUUUCCAAGCAGCAACCUCUUCAAACCUUCGGCCCGAGCAGCGUGUUCAAGAAGAACACAGCCAAGCAGGAGACCAACUUUCGGACCAGCUCGUCCUCUAACAUGUUCCGGAUGCUCAGUCAGAGCUCCCCUUUACGAUACCCGUUCGUAGCUGUUGGUACGGAUGAUGCUCUCGAGGCGUCUCCUGAGCAUAGCAUGCUGCGGCUCUUGCCGCGGAUAAAGUCGACGGAGAUCACCCCUGCAAUGUCGGAGGAUGUGACCAAGACGUCAGCCAAGGAUGGCCCAGGGCCUAUGACCGAAGCGCAAGCGGAGAAGAAGAUCGAUCAGAACGUGCAUGAGCUGUUCGGAGUCCGAUGUCUUGAGGAGGCGGAGGUGUAUUUCACAGAUCUGCCCAAGGAGCACCACUUCCGGCUCGUCAUGCGCCUCGUGGAUCAUGCGCUCGAGAGCAAGGAAACGGACGUUAAACUCCUUGCUGAUUUCUUCUCACAGGCGACGUCUAAGGGUCAGUGCGACGCUGCGACGUUCGAGGAAGGCUUUCUGCCUGUCGCGGAACUGCUCGAUGACACGGCGGUGGACGCGCCCAAGGCGGUUGACUAUAUGGCGAUGCUUGUUCGGGGCACGCAUCUCGACAAGGAUAAGGAGAAGCUGAAACGGAUCGCGGAGAAGUCAGAGUUCAACAGUGAGAAAUUCCUGCGGCUCGUUGCCGCCCCAUCCUCGAUGUUCAUGCCCGUACACGACUGCUAUACCGCCGUCUCGACUUCUCCCGUGGUCGCUUCCCCGCCAUCACGGCUCUCGCAGAUAGCUUCCAGCAUUUCUACCACAUCUUCCCUAUCCACUCCCUCCACUUCAACGUCGACAUUGAGCUUUGCUCCUACGACCAGUCCUUUCCCCCCUAUCACCUCCACACCGCGAAGGCUAACCGAGGACCCCAAGAAGAUCGUCCGGGAUGAGCCCCCUACGUCACCCCUCCCCAAGUUCGACCCCGUUUCUAUGCCAUCUAUGCAACCCCUUGCUCAGGUUGAUGCCACCCCCAUGGAAACUCCAUCCACUCCCGGUGGCAUCAGCCAAGGCGUCGACAUCGAGGAUGGAGUAGGUGUCGUUGGCACAAGCAAUGUCGGCUUUGUUAAGCAAGGCGCACACUCAUCAAAUGAAAAUCAUGUCGCCAAUAGUGUAGUCUUAGUAACACUUGAUGGCAAAUCCUCAGUCCCUCAGAUUGCACACAAUUCCACGUCCAUCGGUCCCGCUCCUCCAGGCCUUCCUGUCAACCCUGAUCCGUCCAGAGUUAAAUGGUCUUACAUCGACUCUUCAGGAAAUGUCCAAGGUCCAUUCGCCGCCGAUUCAAUGCAAAAGUGGCUUGACGAAGGCUACUUUCCCCUUGAUCUACAAGUGAAGCGCACGCAUAUAGACCGAGAAUUCAUUAAUAUUGGAGAAUUGGAACGACGAGCGGGCGGUGAUAGACCAUUCCUUUCCCAGCCUCCGCCCUCUGUACCUCCCAGACCUGUCUCUAGAACCAACGCGGGUCCUUUACCUUCUUCUGCGGCUCCCAAACCUGGUACGGCAGACGUCGUCGUUCAAAUUGAUAGCCACGGCUAUACCUUUCACCAGCGCAUUCCCCCGAGCAACGUCUUCAAACUCAAAGAGCUCGGUAUUCAGCCUAGCACUGACCAAAAGGGGGACGAGAUGCUGCGUUUUCAUGCUGUGCGAGACAAGGCGAAAGCUUGGCUUCAAUGCGACGACCUCCAACUUGUCACAUCUUUUGAGGUCAUCUGCAUGGGUGGAACCGCUCCUUUCAAGCCAUGCUUCAUCAUGCGAGGAAAAGCUCGCUCUGAAGGAUGGUGUGAGGAGGAUGAGGGACAUAGUUUUGUGACCUCGGAGAGCAACUGGGCUAAUAAAGCACUUUGUUCGGAUUGGUUUCUCAAUGUUUUCUUCCUGCAGGCUCGAGCCCACGCCGAUAGUACUGCACAGCCCAUUGUCAUCAUAUUUCACGAGCAUUCACUGUCUCCCCUUAUUACCGGUAUUGCUGAUGUUGCUCGCUCCAAUAACGUCAUUCUUUUUUGUCUUCCUUCCCUUGGUAUUUAGCACAUUUGACUGUAACAUCAUCGCUUUUUGGCCCUCUAACAAUCCAGCUUCCUCUGCUCCAAAAGACCGGGAGUCGUCUUCGCAUUGACUAGGCAGCCUUUGUGAGCAAUGCAGCCCUCAUGGGGUCAUUCUUAUUAUCACGCCGCUUCACCAAACAAUUGCAACCAAAACUUGAC